AACUUAUGUGCCCCCAUCUCCCCAGACAUUUCAAUAAAAUAUUACAAUGUUACUUUGAAUUGUAAAAAUAAAAGAUUCACUCAUAUAUUAUCUGGCCACACUCUCUCUCAACGAUAUUUCUGCUUAUUAGUAUGCGAACAUAAAUUAAGGAAUACCUGUCUUUGGACAUACUCCAGCAAACAAUCAGACAAUGGCUACUCUAGAUGCUGAUACAAGCCAGCUGUCCGAAUCACAGCAGGCAGCCUUACAACAAUUACUGGCAGUAACUGGUCAAGAAGUUGAUCAAGCUGUACCUUUACUCCAGAGAUCACAAUGGAGCGUUGAGGUAAGGAUUUGAGUCCUCUAUUAAAUUGUCAGUACUACAUAUUAAUUCUUAAUAGAUCGCAAUCGCAAAGUUCUUUGAUGGCGAAGAUGAUUCUUUAACGGCAGCAGGUCUAGCAGCUCAAAAUGUUCCACCUCCUCGAGCUUCAAGAACCGAAAACCUUCAAUAUAGUCUCCUUAAUGAAUCCUCCAAUCGAUCGAGAGUGCGAAACGUGGACUCGGCCCCAAGGAUUGUUCCUCAACCAGAAGAUCAAAUAAUUCGACGACCGAAUCUCAUUUUCGCUAUACUAUUCGCACCAUUCAGUGUACUUUAUAAAAUUUUCUCCAUGGGAUAUAGAGCUUUCGCAUUUUUAUUCCCUUUCCUACCAAGGUUCCGACCUACCGGCACAUCAAAUACAAUGGGAAGGAGAUCACUUAAACCCAGAGAUACAGCAACACGUACAAAGCGCGAAUUUGAGGAAGAAUAUGGACCAAAUAAUUUACCAUUUUUCGAUGGAGGUUAUGCACAGGCUUUGGACCUUGCAAAGAAAGAUCUCAAAUUUCUCAUCGUUCAUUUAAUGUCUCCAGAGCAUGAUGAUACAUCUGAUUUCGUUCGUCAAACUUUACUUUCCGAAGAAGUCACCACAUUCCUUGGGGAUAAAACCAACAACAUAAUAUUCUGGGUUGGAGAUGUUCGAGAUUCAGAAGCAUAUCAAGUCUCUUCCGCUUUACGAUGUACCAAGUUUCCAUUCACAGCCUUAAUUACUCACACGCCUGAUCAAGGAGCUACAUCAAUGUCAGUUAUUGCCAGAAUAUCCGGAUCAGAAUCACCUGGGGCAUUUGUGGCCAAGUUACAAAGUGCAAUAGGGCAACAUUCGGAAAAAUUAGCAGCAGUUCGUGCACAACGUUCGGCACAAAAUUUCGAGCGUACAUUAAGAGAAGAGCAAGACUCUGCUUAUGAGCAAUCUUUAGCACAAGAUAGAGAACGUGCUAGACAAAGAAGGGAAGCUGAAGCUGCCGCUGCAGCAGAAGAAAAGAGAAAGAAGGAUGAAGAAGAAUCAGCUGCUAAAUUAGCAGAAAAUCGAAAACAUUGGAAACAAUGGAGGGUACAAACUAUCAAAGGAGAACCUGAGCCUGGAACCAAUAUCGUACGAGUGGCAUUAAGAAUGCCAGAAGGGGCUAGAAUUACCCGACGUUUCGAAGCCAAUUCGGAAAUUGAAGAACUUUAUGCGUUCGUAGAAUGUCACGAUUUACUUGAAGAUGGCAAGGAAUAUAAUAGGCAAAAGCCGGAAGGAUAUGAACAUAAAUAUGAUUUCAGAUUAGUUCAAAGUAUACCAAGGGUGGUAUAUGAAGUUGGAGAAGGAGGAACAAUUGGUGAAAGAGUUGGCAAGAGUGCAAACUUGAUUGUUGAACCUAUUGAUGAGGAUGAUGAUAAUGAGUAAGGAUGAAAGUGGUAAUUUACUUGAUGCUGAUAUUGUAUGGUAUGGUAUGGUAUGGUAUCGUAUGGUAUGGCAUGUAUAGUAUAUCAUAUCAUAUCAUAUCAUAUCAUAGGCGGGCGGGCGUUUAGAUUGGUAUUAUAAUUGUAUUUAUUACGAUACGCAUCACUGCGGGCGGGUUGGCAUUAGACUUCUUUACAAAUUUAAAUUCAUCUCUCGUCAAGAAUAGCAUCAUUCCAACCCACUCACUCACUCACUCACUCACUCACUCACUCACUCACUCUUCAAAUAUCUAUCUAUCUAUCUAUAAGUUUUAUUUAUUUAUAUAUAUUAUUUUUAUA